UCUGUGAGAAUCGCAAAUUUGAAAGGAAGAGUAUGUUGCUUUUUAUCCCGGCGUUGAUGCAACGGGGUAGCUAUGUUAGGCUACGAGAUGGAGGCGCAAAAAUUUACGGUUAAACUGCGUCUAACAUGAUCCUAUACAUCAUAAUGUGUUGACAAUUUGGAAACCUUACACUCACUUCAAAAUUUCGGGUUAAUUUGCUCACAACAUCUCCAACUUAAAUUCAUACUACACACUUGUUAAAAUAUUGUAAGAAAAAUGGCAGAUGAAGAAAACCCAGAGGAUGCCCCCGCAGAGGGUGAAGAGCCCGCUGAAGAGGCUCCUGGUGAAGAAGGAGAGGAAGGAGGAGAAGAAGCUCCUGCAGAAGGCGAGGAAGCUCCCGCAGAAGGCGAGGAAGGUGCACCAGAGGGUGAGGAAGGAGAAGGCGAGGGUGAGAUAGGUGAAGGUGGAGAGGAGGGUGGGGAAGAGAUUCAGCCAGAAGAAAGAGAAGGGAUAAUAUCAGAUGAAUCUGAUGUAUUCAAUGAACUCAUGAAUGCUGGAGGUCAAGCAAGAGAAGCUGCAGCUAUGAUUGAGUCGCUGAAAGCAUCUGUUAAAGAAUUUCAGACGAAAGAAAUGCUCUCUGCUGAAGAUGCAGCAUUAUUGCAAUCAAAACAGGAUGAACUGAUGGCAAAGCUUGGUGAAUUUGGAGCUCUGACAAUUAGGAUACAAACCCUUUUAAAACUUAGUCAUCUGACAGAGUCUCAACUAUGCCUGCUGGAGGGCCCACGUCCUGGUGAAGAGAAGGAAACAUUUGAUUUGGAAAUUGAGGAUGAAAGUCUUCCUAAAGUAAUAAUUUGUGGUUCCGAAGAUCAUAUUCCAAGAAUUGUUGUUUGUGAGCCUACAGUGAAGAAAGAAGAACCUUUACUGAAGUGUUGUUGUGCUAAGCAUCCAAUACUUCUUGGAGGUAUUGGUGGUGAUACCGCAGGUUACAAAGGAGACAUCACAAUGGAUUCCCUUUUGAAGCAGUUAAGUAGUCUCCAGCAAGAAAUGAAGCUGAUAACUGAAGAAAACAAUUUUCUGAGUAAAAAGUUGUCUGAAAUUACUGACAAGACAAGAUGCAGUGUCUGCAAUAAACCAAAACCUCUUUGUCGCUGUGAUAAAUCAACAGCUCCUCCAGUAUGUUGUGGAUCAAAACCAGUACCUCCCAGCUGUUGUCCACCAAAACCAAAGCCUGUAUGUAACUGCCCACUUCCACAGAAGCCUCCUUGCCUCUGUUGUCCACCUUGUCAAUGCUCUGGACCACCAAAUAUACCUUGCUGCUGUGGGGGAUCUGCUACAAUUCCUAAAGGACCUGUUCAGUCAACAUGUCCAGUAGUACCUAAACCAGAGCCGCCUUGUGCAUGUUGUAAACAAGCAGACAAAAAGGACAGCUCUGCUGCCAUUGCACAAAUGGAAACUCGCCUAAGGAAUAUGAUCACUGAUGUCAGCAAAAUGCAGUGCCAACUGCGAGAGCUUCAGCAGCUGCGUCAAAAAUUAGAAGAAGAAAAAUCAGAUUUAUGCCCUUGUUUCGAUGAGCUGUUUUGAAUAAAAAGAAUCCUGAAAGUCA